AGAAAACAGAAUCUUCUUCCAUCACUGCAACAAUCCAACUCCUUGCUCAGCCUCCAAUGGCGACGACUUCGGAGAAUCCAAAAGCGACGAUCCCGGAGAUUCCAAAGGCGAAAUCGGGAUCUUUGCCGUCGAUUGUUAAGGCGUAUUGGCUACCGGCGAUCCUGUUCUCCGCCUCCAUGUUCUUCCAGCUUGUAGCUCUCCCUCGUUCUUUCCCGCCUUCUCAUUACGACGUUCUUGGGAUCAAAACUUACAGUUCAAUUGAACAAGUGAAUGAAGCCUACGAACACCUCUCUUCUAAUUGGAAAACCGAUAGUGAACCUUCUUCAACUCUUGAUAUGAUUAAGAUUCAGUAUGCUUUUGAACUUCUGAGCAAUCCCAUAUGGAAAAGAGAUUAUGACAUAUUUAGCAUUGAUGAAUAUCUUCAUGUAAUGGAAAAGGUCAAGGAGAAAUAUUCCAGUGCAUCAUUUUCUGAUAUUAAUCUUCCAUUAUUGAAGCCCACUUCAUUUGAAUCAGAUCAUGUUUUUGAUGCCAUUUCAUCGGAUAAUUUUAUUUCUAAGCUACAAAACAGCAGUGCAUUGCUUGUUCAAGUUUAUUCAGUUGGUAGCAGCCGAUGUGCCCAAUUUUCUAGUCUUUGGAAAAGAAUUGCUAGUUUAUUGGAUGGUAUAGCAAAUACCGGGAUGAUUGAUAUUAGGGAUCUUAAGCUUGCAACAUAUUUAUCUGAGAAGAAAUAUACAGGAGCUCCUUUCUAUCGAAAUGGUGUUCCUUCACUUUUGGCUUUUCCCCCUGGCUGUAAAACCUCAGAUUGCAUUGUGAGGUACACCGGUGAGUUGUCUGUUGAUGCUGUUACUGAUUGGUUUGCUACAACCAUACUAAGCUUACCUCGUAUUUCAUACUACUCCAGGGACACUUUGGCACAAAGUUUUUUAGGAAAAGGGAGUCGGCAUAAGGUCAAAGUCAUUUAUGCUUCAAAAACAGGACAACGUGCCACACCAUUCGUGCGCCAAGUGGCGAAAGAUUAUUGGUCGUAUGCCUCAUUCGCAUUCACGGUUUACAAUGAAGAAGAAUCUAUCUUUUGGUCAAACACAUUUGGUGUGGAAGAAGCUCCUGCAAUUGUUAUUUUAAGAGACCCUGGUGUCAAACCUCUAGUCUACCAUGGCUCAAUUAACAAUUCAAGACUUAUUGAUAUCAUGGAACAAAAUAAACAUCAAGUGCUUCCCCAAUUAAGAAGUGUUACAUCCAUGGAGCUUGGUUGUGAUCCAAAAGGCUACUCACGUGCUGGAAAUGACACCACAGUUUGGUAUUGUGCUGUUCUUAUUGGAAGACAAAGCACAGAACUCCAUAAAAUGCGUGAAACCAUGCGUAGGGUCCAAGAGAUGCUAUCAGAUGGUGAAAAUGUAAAUCAGGUUGACCAAUACCAAUCCGCCAUGUCAGCAUUGAAGGAAAAAAGACUCACAUUUGCUUGGGUGGAUGGUGAAGCACAAAAGAGGUUUUGUUUGUUUUAUGUAAAUGUGGAGGAGAGUUUUGAUACAUGUGGACCAAGGAGGGACAUAACAGAUGUCCCAAGGUUAUUUCUUGUACGUUACAAAAGAAAUGAUACAGAAGCUAACAAAAUCAAUGAAAAAAACUCAAUGAACAUGUUUGCUACAAUUGCUUCAAAGGAUGUGGACCCCACAUCCCAACUAGUGGCACUUUACAAAGGUUUAGAUGAAGCCCCACAGAUAAUACAAUGGAUCUCUGAAACAGUCAAAGAUGGUGAUUCUAGAGAUCUUCCCUUUCAUAGAACAUCAACUCCUGAGCUAGUGGCUGAGGAUGUGGAUCCUAUUUGGUCAAAGGGUAGAGAACAAAUUAUUUCUUCAAGCAGGGGAAUGAAACAGAGGCUUGAAAACAUCCCUGAAAGAAUUCAUGAUGUUAUGGAAGAUCCAAGGUUUGGUCCAAUGUUGCUUUUGGGGGCAUUGAUGUCAUUUGGUUUCAUUUAUUUGAGGAGAAAUCAGUCCAUUAAGUCAAGUCAAACAAAUACCGAGGGUGAUGAGCGACCAAAAAUGAGAAGGAGAAGGCCAAAUAGCCAUAAAAAGCAGGAUGCAGCGCCUUCUAUUACUGACAUGCAACCACCUAAUGCUUUCCAGAUGCCAUUUACAGAUUCUGAUUCUGAUUAAAGAAACUAUGCAUAAAAAAAUUGAAAGCUGCUUACAUAAACUACAUGAAACAAGAGGUCUUAAAUUAAUAUAUGGUAGGUACUUCAGAUGUGACUUCAUAGUUAUAUGUUCAUAAUGUAUGAUCAUCCAAAUCUUGAAUUAUUUUUACUUAAUUUCUAAUUUAGUCCCGGU